AUGCGAAAUGGCCUUACAGAGGCUAUCGCAAAUGGAUACAAAUUUGUUCUGAUAGCGAUAUGCCUGACAGUUACACCCCAGCCGACCUCGUCGGAAACGAUAGUGGAUUACGAAAAGAAUGAUUGCUUGAAAUCGUUUCAAGUGAACGAUAUAGACGUGUUCCGACUACAGUCCUACCCCCGGCAAGGUAUCAACACCGGCAGAGACAAGUGCUACAACCAAUUUGUCGGUUUCAACAAUAAAAAGCUCAAGAUUCAUGUCUACGAAGUCAAAUUUGGUAGUUGUGGUAUCUUCCUCAACAUCUUUGAUGGGGACGAACAGAUGCGAAAUGAUCCCAGGUGGAGCCUAGGAUGUCGUGGUGCUGAGAAAGUAGUGUACACAUCCCUGAACAGUGAGGUGAUCGUCCGACUCGACAAACCGGUGCCGGACUCAACUACACUCUACAGCUUCCGGAUUUAUAUUACCAACGAGGACGGACCGGAAGUUGACCUCUCUGAACCGGCUGGCGCCAUGUCUGACGGCGGCCCGUCCAGCGGCGUCAUUGUCGGGAUCGGCAUUGGCGUCGGUCUUGUCGUCGUCGUCAUCGUUAUCGUUGUAGCGAUCGUCUGCUGGCGAAUGAUGUCAAAGAAAGAGAAAUACGGCAAUAAGAGCCCGGCCGUAUUUACUACUUCUUCUACCAGAAGAGGGGAUUCUGUACACUUUGAAAACACGCUUGGAGGAAGUCGGAGUCGUGAUAUCAGGACACCCAGUGAACGCAGUUUGACCACAAACGGAUACCGUUCCACUUCCGGAUCCCAACGCGGACGAUCUUCUCAGCACCACGACAACAAUGGCUACGUAUCAAGUAAUGAUUCCUCAGUAACGGUAAAAAAAGUCUCACUAAAUCCUAUUCCAAUCAAAGCGGGAGAUGGUGCAAAAUUCGAAACAGAAAUGGAAGUAACGACCCAUCGCUUUAAUAAACGAGAUGGAUCUAUCAAACGACAGAAGGAAAAUGACACGGAUAUCAAGCAAAACGCGAGAAAGGAAAGACCUAAAGAUGAAAUUGAUGGUGCAAAGGUAGGACUUAUUCAAAAAUCAAAACCAAGAGAUGACAGUCAUUCACCUGUCAGACCUACUUCAGAAAAACGCAAUACCAAAUCCAGAAACACAGCGGGAAGUCGAAUUGACACAUCCUCUGACACAAUGUCAUCUAUUUCCGACCGAAAAUCCAGACGUGAUGACGAACAACGCGACAAAUUUCAGACUGACCGUCACCGCGACAGGUCGCAGAGUGACCACCACCGGUCACGUGAUGAUAGGUCCGGCGACAGAAUCAAGGACAGUGCUACACGACGAUCGAGUUACCGCGAAUCUCGGUCACAUGAUCAUCGAGACCGGGGCAGCAGCGUAAAAAGCAGAAAUAACUCAACUUCACGCACUACUCGACCCAGCUACAAAGACGAGAACGAUACCGCGACGCAGAGAUAUCGAUCGGGACAAGGUUACAGAGAAACGCGUGGACAUCAGGAUCAGUAUUACGAUAAUUAUGACAGCGACCAUAGGAACCGGCGACGGGAAAAACACGAUCGGAACCGUGGUUACGAUAGUGACACUCGAAGGCGUCACCAAGACUACGACAGUGAGCGUGGCGGCCGUGAUCGCAGUCGGCACCGAUAUGAUCAGAGUGAUAGAAAUUACAGUGACUAUGAGAGUGAUCACGGAAGGAGACGCGAAUCUUCUCGGCGUCGACGUUCGCAAACUGACAGAAAUUAUAGGGACUAUGAUAGUGACGACAAUAGCUAUCGAUCAAGUCAUCGUCAUCGCAAUCAUCGAACAGAUCAUCGGGACAAAUAUUACAGCGACGAGGAUUUAGUCGAUAGCCGGAGUCGGCGGACCGGAAGUCUGUCCCGGAAGUCACGCCCCCGUAGUCAAAGCUACAGUCGGGACAGUCGGAGAUAA